AUGUAUCAACAAGAAGUAGAAGUCAUUUCUUCAUAUAUUGCAGUUUCUGCAGUUGAAGUAGGCAAACAUUUAUAUUGGGAGAUAGGUGGCUAUAAAUUACAUGGUCAAGUUUUUAUUGUAUCAUGGCUAGUUAUAAUAGCUUUACUUUCAUUAGCUUUUAUAGGAACAAGAAAUUUAGAACGUGUACCUAAAAAUUUACAAAAUUUUAUGGAAUUUGUCAUUGAAUUUUUGCAAGAUAUUGCGAAAAAUCAAAUAGGAGAACACGAAUAUAGAUCAUGGGUACCUUAUAUAGCAACUAUUUUUUUAUUUAUAUUAGGAAGCAAUUGGGCUGGGGCAUUAAUACCAUGGAAAUUAAUUCAACUCCCAGAAGGAGAAUUAGCAGCACCAACUAAUGAUAUUAAUACAACUGUUGCAUUAUCUUUACUUACUUCUUUAUCAUAUUUUUAUGCAGGUUUGAAUAAGAAUGGUUUAGGAUAUUUUGCACGAUAUGUAGAGCCAACACCAGUAUUAUUACCUAUUAAUAUCCUAGAAGAUUUUACCAAACCUUUAUCUUUAAGUUUUCGUUUAUUUGGCAAUAUUCUUGCUGAUGAACUAGUUGUAUCAGUUUUUACAUUAUUGGUGCCAAUACUGAUACCUUUACCAGUAAUGAUUUUGGGUUUGUUUGCUAGUUCGAUUCAAGCACUCAUAUUUUCUACUUUAUCUGCUGCUUAUAUAGGUGAAGCGUUAGAAGGACAUGGUGAGCACUAA